ACGUCAUCUUUGCGCAGCAGUUACGCAGCUGCGCCGUCAAAACAGAAAUUAGCCUGCAUACUAAACUCUUUCCCAUGCGCAAUUCGUUUAUUAAUGUGCCAGGUUAUGUCGCAUCUAUUCUAAACAUAAAGGAACAUUGAAUCAUUUCCGGCUAGACGUUAUGGCACUGCGGGCAUGUGGAUUUGUCAUUUUUCGGCGUUUGGUCCAGAAGCCUCCUCCUGAUAAUAUAGAAUUCCUUCUGCUGCAGACGUCCUAUGGGGAACAUCACUGGACACCACCCAAAGGUCAUGUUGACCCUGGAGAGGACGACUUCACCACCGCCUCGAGAGAGACACAGGAGGAGGCGGGUUUAGGUAAAGAUCACCUGCGCAUGGUCGAUGGCUUCCUGCAGAGGUUGCACUAUCAGGUCCGAGGAAAGGACAAAGAGGUCCUCUAUUGGUUGGCUGAGCUGCGUGACCCAAACACACAGAUCGUUCUCUCAGACGAACACCAGGAUUACCGCUGGGCCAAACUAGAGGAAGCCUGCAAGCUGGCAAAAUACCAGGACUUACAGGACACACUUACAGCAGCACAGCGGUAUCUAGAAACACAGGGCAAACAGUAACAUUUACACUUGGUUUUGACAUUUAGACACUUACAGAGUUGAAUGCUUGCUCUCAUCUUAAUAAAAUUGUUUUAGGAUGUUGAAUUAAUGAGGGUUUAAAGGAGGACCUGAUGUGCUGUAUGAAAUUUGACUGUGGGAAUAGACAUUUAACUUCCAUCCUUUUUGCAUCUCUACUUGCUAAGCUGAAUUUAAUUUGAAUUCAUAAAAGGUUGCUUCCAAGCUGUUAAAAAUGUUAAGACAACUGCACAACCUCUAAAUCUCCACCAACAAUUAAAACAAAGCUGCCAUUCAUUCCAAAGAAUGUUCCGGGUUCGCUGUAAUGAUGCCAUCUGUGGCAUACUGUUAAUUACCACGGAAAAUCAUGUUGAGAAGCCCCACAAUAAAAAACACACACUAACAUAAAUACUUGAAAUUGAUAUACUACAAGGCUUGUAAGUGGAUUAUGACACCAUUAACAUAUACAACUAAAUUUUUUUCUAUACACACACACACACAUUAUCCAAUCUCGUUGUCACAUUUCCACAAGUUUUUCCACAUACUGUACAGUUUUUCAAUGUUGCAAUAUAUGGUCCAUUAAAAAUAGUUCUUAAAAUUGUAUGCAAGUUGUUUUGCUACAAAUCCUGUAUCAUCCAGAUUGUCCUAAAUUAUUAACUAUAAUGAAACCAAUAAAUGAUAAACACUGUUUAAGAAUCAA